AGCAAUCCAGCGGUUGGCGGCGAGAAGGGUCAUUGCUAUUGUUGGGUUCGGUGUCCGGUCAGGUCAGAGCACCGAGAGAGACCACACCCAAGAAAAUUCACCAUUUAACACCUCCACCCCAUCUCCAUCUCCCCUUCUUCUUUCUUCCCCAUAAUACCACCACCGCUCUUCCCUCCCUUUCUCCAAUCCAAUCGCUCUCUUUCUAUAUAUAAUCAAUCAAGACGAAUAGUCCACCGAGUACUAAGCUGUUAGAUUAGAAGGCAGCAGCAAUGGCGUACGUCGAUCACGCCUUCUCCAUAUCCGACGAUGAUAUAAUGAUGGGAACCUCCUACACUGUCAACAACAAGCCUCCUAUCAAGGAGAUCGCCCUCGCCGUAGCUCUCCUCGUCUUUGGCACUCUCGGAAUCGUCAUCGGUGUCUUAAUGGCCGUCAAUGAAGUCGGCGGCGAUCGCGCUCACGGUGUUUUUUUUGCAUUACUGGGUGGAAUUUUGUUCCUCCCUGGAUUCUAUUACACUCGUAUUGCGUACUAUGCUUAUAAAGGCUAUAAAGGUUUCUCCUUUUCCAACAUACCUCCUGUCUGAAGAUGGACUGAUCAAUGUACAUAGGUAUGUAUGUAUGUAUAUGCAUAUAUAUAUAUAUAUAUAUAUAACACUGACUACAUGGUGUUUCGACUGCAUCUUUAUUCAUAUCUCAUAUCUAUAUUCGUCAUAUUAUAUCCAUUUUAUUUCCAGUAUAUUGAAAUAUUGUAUGUGAAUCUGAAAUUUGUUAGCUGCAAGACUGCUUUUCAUGUAAGACACUGUUGACUUGCUGCUGUAGUUUUCUUUUCUGAUUGAGGAAGUUACAUUAUAUUCAUGCCUU